CUGACUUCGAGAAAGAACAUUGGGAUGAGAUGAAGCAGGAGAGCGCAGCGCAAACCAGCGCUUUUCGGGGAUUCCAAUGGAUCAUCUCACUACUGAUUCCCUUCGAUCGAGCUCUCUGACGGUGGGAGAGAGGUUGUGUGCUGUGUUCAUACCGAUUAUUGCCAUCGUGGAGGCUCUCAUCUGCGUCGUCGCCGAUUGCUUCGACCACCGUUCGUUUCUCGUCCGCCGCGCCCCCCCGCCGAAGACCUUCGACUUCGCGAGGCUGGCACAUGACUCACGCUGCUUUACGGUGAACGAGGUGGAAGCGCUGUACGAGCUCUAUAAGAAGUUGGGGAACUCCAUAACCACCGACGGUCUCAUCCACAAGGAAGAACUUCAACUGGCAUUACUCAACACUCUAACCGGUGACAACCUUUUUCUCGAUAGGGUUUUUGACCUCUUCGAUGAAAAGAAAAAUGGUGUCAUUGAUUUUGAAGAAUUUAUCCAUGUCCUCUGUGUCUUCCAUCCAUGUGCUCCCCUCGAUGACAAAAUCGAAUUUGCAUUCAGAUUGCAUGAUCUUAGACGAACUGGGUUUAUCGAGCGAAAAGAAGUAAAACAGAUGGUGAUCGCUAUUUUAAGGGAGUCAGACAUAAUGCUUUCGGAUGAUCUUCUCGAGGCCAUACUGGAUAUGGCAUGUCAUCUGAGACAUUUGCAGAAGCUGUCAAUGGGGAUGACAAAAUUAACAGGGAAGAAUGGAAGGACUUCGUCAUUCGACACCCUAAUCUUUUGAAGAACAUGACUCUUCCUUAUCUCAAGGACAUCACCACAGCAUUCCCUAGUUUCGUCUUCAAUACUGAGGUUGAAGAGUAAGCGAAAGCAUGUUCGCAAAUGGAAAUGGAACGCCGAUUCAUCCUCAAUACCUACCUUGUAAAUCGGGUUAUCACAUCGUUUGAUCUUUCAGCAGCUGCAACUUGGAUGGACCACACGACUUGGUGUUAUCUGUGCCCGUCAUGUUAUGUCGGACAAAGCAUUCACAAUUGUUCAGAUCCUUUGGUAUUUGUAUGGAAUAAUAGAUUGAGAUGAUGGUUUGCGACUUUGU